GGCGGACACAUGCCUAAAAGAAUGCAGUGCGCUGAUCUUAUCGUCGAUAAUAGUUGUUUUUUAACAAUACUGAGAUCUUGUAUUGGAAGAUAAUAAAGAAAAUUACAAAGAAAAUUUGAAGCUGAGGUUAUGAAAACAAAAAUGUCGGAGGGCAAACCUGAGGAUGCCGAUGGUGAUCCUGGAAGGUUUGAGCAUUACCAUCCACAGCAUCCGCUACCAGAGGGCAUACGGAAGAUGGAGCAUGACGAUACAGUAUGUAAGUACUGUGGAGUGAGUUACCUCAUCCACAACGAAAUUAAAGCCAUGGAAGAAAAGUUAAAGAAGACCAUUGCCGAGAUGGAACAUUACCGAGGCAGUAUGGAGAGAGAGAAACAACUGAGGAUCGAUUAUGACAGACUGAUGGGAGAAACCAAGGAACUUCGAGAAAAUUCAAAAAACAUGGACAAUGUAAUAUCCUCACUAAGAAGUUCCUUGAAGAAUGAAGAAGAAUUAUCAGGGCACUUACGGUUACAGAAUCAGAACUUACAGGGCGAGUUAGAUAGGACCAAAACUGAGAGGGAAAGUUACAGAUUAAAAUUUUCCAUAUUUGAGGAGCGAUUGCCUUACAUUAAGUCUCAGCUGACCGCCCAAAGACAAGUUGUGACAGACGUACACACGUUUGUAGAGGAUAGAGACGCAAAAUUCCAAACAGAAUUACAACUUCUACAGAAAAAUAUUAUUGAGAAGUACCAGUCCGAACAUAAAGGAAUGUCCUCACUUCAGGAACAGAUUGAGAAAUUAGAAGCUGAAAAAUCAGAAUCUUCUAUGCAGUCAACAAUGAUGACAGAGAAAGUCCGGCGCCAGGAGAAAGAACUUAAAUCUCUGUCAAAUGUCCGUGACGAAAACUCAAAACUACAGCAAAAAUGUGACGGCUUAGAAAUCUCAAUCAAAGAUAUCAGACAACAGUUGGAGGACGCCGUAUCAACGAGUCGACAGCUGAACCUUGAAAGUCAACAAUUUAAAGACAGCUUGAGAAACAAAACCCAGGAGAUUGAGGAUUUAACUGCACAGUCCCGAAGGAAGGAACAGAAUACAGAAAUGGCCCUACAGAAACUUCAGAAUGACUUAAAAAAGAAAGAUAUUGAAGUGAUGACAUUGUACAAGGAAAUGAAGACGAUGGAGUCGAGAUUUAAAGAACAGAAGAUGAAAGAGGAGGAGAUUCAUAGAAAAGCUACCCUCACUGUCUCGGAAACAAGAGAAUUGAAGAAUAUUUUAGCCAAAGCCGAAGAAGAGAUUGACCAACUAAAAGGAGAGAGAGAGUCCAUGAUUUUAUCCCAUCAAAACCGGAUAGAACAGUUACGAGAAAGUUUUAAACAGAAGAUGUAUGAGGCAGAGUCCUGGCCGGAAAAGCUGGAGGAGAUGCUGCAGAAAGAACGGGCAAAACAUGUGGCAUCGUUAAAAUCUAUGGAGGAGAGACUGAAGGAGAACUUUGUCCUGGAAAUCAAGAUUGAAAAAGAAAAAUAUCAAGAACUGUUAGGAAAAUACCAGAAUUCUAACAAAGAUCACGAAGCUAUUUUGAAGGCUCAGUUGAACUCAUUGGAGAGUAAAUAUCGGUCUGAGAUUCGGGAUCUUCAAAAGUUCCUGUCAGACACCAAAGAACGGGCUAAAGACAGCGAGGACUCUCUGCGAAAGGAAGUCCAGAGUCUAAAGUCUAUCAUACAGGAUCUGGAGAACAGAUUAGGUCGUUUGGACUCAGGAAACGAGGAAAUGAUUUAUACACUGAAACAACAACUGAAGGAGACACACCAGGAGUUGGGGGACACCAGGCAGCAGAUAGAAGAACAGGCAGGCCAGCUAAAGACAGCAAAGGAGGAGAAUGCUUUCCUCCAAGAGACAGUGAGGAAGGAAUGUGAGGAAAGAUUUGAGUUGAUGGAGAAGUUUAGCGAGGCUAAGGAAGAACUCCUGCAGCUGAAGAAACCAUCUGGUGGAUAUUCUUCACUUAACUCAUCUCGGAACUCUUCAGCUGCGAAUCUGAAGAGAUCAGGAAGUUUCAACACUCCAAAGCCCAGCCCACCUGAGGAAGGGCUUUCCCGAAGGGACAGUGAGGGCUCAAGCCCUACUAAGACCAAAACCCCUUCAGCACCUCCUAAUAGGGAUUCUGGUCCGAGUACAAACAAUGAAUUAACUUUUGGUGGGGAAGCAGCAAAAACUCCGGGACGAUUAAAGGGCAACUCUCUCGCGGAGAAUCGUCGCAGAAUAGCACAAAUACUUGGACGCAGGGAAAAAUAGCAGAUAGUUCUUUAUGUAUGAAUGCUUGUAUGUGCCAAUUUUCUGUAUUAUUUAUUGAUGCAUUAUGUGUUGAAUGUGAUAUACAAAUCCAGACUGAUAAUAGGAUUUCAAACCAAUGGAGUAAUUUCUUCACAAUUAUAAUCUACAAUUUUCAAAUACCGUAUUUGACUAAAUAUGCACACUGUGUGCUUACAAAAACUCUUAAGAAGCAUACUUAAUAAAACCAUGCACAGGGAAAAAGUUCCAUGUGAAUCGAGACAAUUUUUUUUUUCUUUUACAUUUACAUACCUUAAUGUAGCGAAAACAAUCCAGACUCUUUGGUUAAAGGACUGAAGAUGAUGUUUGCAGAUUAACAUGGUAAAGAACUUUUGUAUGUUUCAAUCAUCCUUUUUACCUGUUUAAAAUGGUGGG